AUGAGCCCGCCUGACAACCAGACAUGCACAAUUUCCCCUCACUUUUCUGCUUCCCCUUUAGUUCCCACCUCUACCAGCCGGGCAUUGGUCGGCCAUUCGAGCAAACCUGACCUGGCCGAGGCAGUACAGACGAAUGCCCUAUCCUUGCCACUGGAAGUAGAAAAAUGCAGAGCUGACAAUUUUUUGAUGAAAUGUGGUUCACAAAAUGGUGUUAUCACUCCAUGCAUCGAAGGAAAGCUUUUAGGACUCCAAUAUUCUAAGCAAAUCCGAGACAGCAGAAAUUCAGGUUCAGCAGGAACCACAUUAACUUGCGGAUACACGAUUCUGGCGUCGCUUUGUUACAGGGCGCUGUCGGUUCGGUGA